AGCUCCUGCUUUGCUGCACCACUACACUACUACACGCUGCAUAUAUAUCGAUCAACACCGACGCAUCGGUCACUGCGAUCAGAGCAAGUGACAGUGAAGAUGUGCAGCGCAGCACGCGGUGUUCGUCGUCACGGCUCGCCGGUGAUCAUAGCGUGGGCGAUCGUGUUCUUCUCCGUUUUUGCGUCGUCGGAGGCGCAGCUGCAGGUCGGAUACUACAACUAUACUUGCCCCAGGGCGGAGGACCUCGUCCGCAACGUCGUCCGCGCCGCCAUCCUCCGCGACCCCGGCAAUGGCCCCGGUCUCGUCCGCCUCUUCUUCCACGACUGCUUCGUCAGGGGGUGUGACGCGUCCGUGCUGCUGGACGCCGUCCCGGGCAGCAACGCGAGGGUGGAGAAGAUGUCGCAGGCGAACAACCCCAGCCUCCGGGGCUUCGCCGUCAUCGACCGCGCGAAGCGCGUCCUGGAGCGGCGUUGCCGGGGCACCGUCUCCUGCGCCGACAUCGUCGCGUUCGCGGCGCGCGACGCCUGCGGCAUCAUGGGCGGGAUCGACUUCGCCGUGCCGUCGGGGAGGCGCGACGGCGCCGUCUCCGCCGAGUCCGACGUGCUCAACAACCUCCCGCCGCCGUUCUUCAACGCCACCCAGCUCGUCGCCGGCUUCGCCGCCAAGAACCUCACCGCCGACGACAUGGUGGUGCUCUCCGGCGCGCACUCCUUCGGCCGCUCCCACUGCUCCGCCUUCUCCUUCCGCCUCUACCCGCAGGUCGCGCCCGACAUGGACGCCGCCUACGCCGCGCAGCUCAGGGCGCGGUGCCCGCCGCCGGCGGCGCCGCCAGCGACGGGGAGGCGGGACAGGGUGGUGGACCUUGACCCGGUGACGAAGCUGGUGCUCGACAACCAGUACUACAAGAACAUCCAGAGAGGGGAGGUACUGUUCACGUCGGACGCCACGCUCGUCAGCCAGAGCGACACGGCGGCGCUCGUCGACCUGUACGCGCGGAACCGGAAGCUGUGGGCGUCGCGGUUCGCCGCCGCCAUGGUCAAGAUGGGCAACCUCGACGUACUCACGGGAAGCCAAGGGGAGAUCAGGAAAUUUUGCAAUAGAGUAAAUUAGCAGCUAGUACUGUAGUUCUUCUCCACGGAUCGAUGAAGCUACCCGCUUCGAUGCUGCGGCUGUGAAAUGGAUUUUUACUGCUAGUAGUUGUUUGCUAAUUAACUUAUUGAAGCCUCGUGUGUUCUUUUAUUAUGUCAUUAAACAAUAUUCAUUGUACGGCUUUCUAAUGAUCAUAAGUCAUAACAUCCAUUGUAUAAUUUAUUACUACCUUGAUUUUAUAUUACAAGAUAAUUUAACUUUU